AGUAGAGUCCACUGUAAACACCAGUUGGAUACCGACUUUAAAAACGAUCUAAUAUUUCCAGUUUGUCGAAGUUAAUGCAACAUUUUAAUGGAUACCCAUGUGUGAUUAAUGGACUCAUUUGAUUGUAUGCUUCGUCUGAUUUAAGCUUUUCCAUUUCAUAGACCGAUCUACAGGCAGUCAGCGAUCAUUCUAGUGGUGUUAGAGAGCGGUCGAUGAAAUCGGCCACUAAUAAAUAAAUGGAGACUGUGCGGACUUCUAUGAGAAUGGGUUACCCGUUUUCUGUGAAGAGGCUGAUACGAGGUUAACUUCAUUUACUUUAAACUUCAGAAUUGGGGGAACAUGAAGUUGUCUAAGGUCAGGAUGGGAGUCCUCAAGAUCAUGCUGCUCAUCGUUGAGUCCAUUCUGUUGUCUGACUGUGCAAGGGGUCCUCCGUGGGUGUCUGAGAGGGUGGCACACAGACAGUCAGUGCGCCUGGGGAGUUCCAUAAAGCUGCCAUGCCCUGUGGAGGGAGACCCUCCGCCCCUCAUCAUGUGGACCAAGGACGGCCGCAACAUCCAUAGUGGCUGGAUCCGCUUCCGCAUCCUCCGCCUGGGCCUGAAGAUCAAGGAGGUGGAGGCCGAGGAUGCAGGAACCUACGUCUGCAAAGCCACCAAUGGCUUUGGCAGCAUUAAUAUCAACUAUACCCUCAUUGUCAUCGAUUACUCUGGCGCUGAUAAGACUGGGCCAGGGGUCCCUGGUGGGGUGGACUCAGAGUAUGGCCCUGACGGCCUAUCAGGAAACCUCGUUCGUCCCCGUUUCACCCAGCCUGCUAAAAUGAGGAAGCGGGUGAUCGCCCGGCCCGUCGGGAGUUCUGUGCAGCUGAAGUGUAUGGCCAGCGGUAACCCUCGGCCGGACAUCGUGUGGCUGAAGGACGACAGGCCACUGACAGAGCGUGAGGUGGGCGAGGGGCGCCAGAAGAAGUGGACCCUGAGUCUGAGGAAUCUGACCCCGGAGAACAGCGGCAGGUACACCUGCAGGGUCUCCAACCGAGCCGGAGAGAUCAACGCCACCUACAAAGUGGAGGUCAUACAGCGGACCAACUCCAAGCCCAUCCUGACAGGCACUCACCCGGUUAACACCACAGUGGACUACGGUGGGACUACCUCAUUCCAGUGCAAAGUGAGGAGCGAUGUCAAACCCGUCAUCCAGUGGCUCAAGCGUGUCGAGUCCAACGAGGAGAGUCGGUACAACUCCACCAUUGAGGUGGGCGACCAUCACUUUGUGGUGCUGCCCACGGGAGAGGUGUGGUCACGCCCUGAUGGCUCCUACCUCAACAAGCUGCUCAUCACCCGCGCCAAGGAGGAGGACGCUGGCAUGUACAUCUGUCUGGGCGCCAACACCAUGGGCUACAGCUUCCGCAGUGCCUUCCUCACCGUGCUGCCAGACACCAAGCCACCCAUCACCCCAAUGUUCACCCCAGCCUCCAGCACCCUCCCCUGGCCUGUCAUCAUCGGCAUCCCUGCUGGCAUGGUGUUCAUCUUCGGUACAGUGCUGCUGUGGUUCUGCCAGAGUAAGAAGCACUGUUCCCCUACCAGCACUGCGGCUGCCCAGGUCCUGCAGGCCUCCCACCGACUGCCCUACCGGGAGAGGGACAGGAGCUGUGUGGCCCCCUCCACCUCAGAGAAGGACUGCCUGGGCUCCAUAAACUAUGAGGAGUAUCUGGCUCAGCAGCAGCUUCUUCUCACUCAAGGGGGCUCUGCCCUCCCCCCAAAAAUCUACACUGACAUCCACACACACACCCACGUGGACGGGAAGGUGCACCAGCACAUUCACUUUCAGUGUUAGAUAUGUCCCCCUCUUUCACCUCUGAAGGAUUGCAUCGUACAGCAAGGGUUGAGCUGUGGACUGAACCUCAGAGAACAGCUCUCUGGUUACACACAUCUGGGGCUGCUCUUUUAACUGUCACCUUGCCUGUGCUGGAUCUUGAUCUAACUGGACAAUACUGGGGCUUUAUAAUGAUCAUUCAGUACUGUACAACAUUGAAAUGAAGGUGAUCGUGAAUGAGCAGUUUUAGAGAUUUGUGCAUAAAUGGCUGCCCUAGUGAUUUCUCAACUAAAAUAACCACAUCUUCCAAUGAAAAUAUGUAUGGUUUUUACAGUACCUGCAAACCUGCCUGGUCCUUGGUGCUACUUUUCAUAUCAACACCACUAAAAACCACCGAACCCUGAUGUGCACUUACUUCAAUCGCCAAGAGAUUCUGCAAUGUGUUAAAGGCAGCUAUUCAGACUUACUAAGAGUGCAUAUCCAUCAGUAAAUAAAUAAAUAAUCCAUCAUUAACUUGUGCUGUUAACCCAUAUCAACUAACCAACAGGGAUUAGGGUCAGUUUUGACCUUUACCUCUAAUCAUGUUGUAGGGUACAAGAUACAGUACUUAAGCUCUGCUAGGUGAUGUUGAAGGCGGAAUGGAAUACAAUACAAAAGGGCUGGUAUUACGCUCAUACUCAGGUAGCUCCUUUGAUUUUUGUAAAUGUUUCAUUAUUGUUCAAAUGCACAUCCAUUUAACCCUGACCACUAUCGAUGUGUCCAUCAAUAAUCCUGUUUCUUUUCAAUCAUAAAUUCAUCCACAAAGGCCUUAUGAAAAUACAUUGGUAGCAUUUUUCAUGUCCAUAUCGAAGACGGCAAAGAAUAGAAUAUUGUUCCAAUGUUGACUAUAGCUGGACUCGCUACAUAUUGCCAGAAUCCAAAUGUUACUUAGGUUACCACCACUAGCCUUUCAUGUGUGUGUUUUAUAGAAUCCUUGCAAAUAUCCAGUGUUGCAGUGAAUACAUAGACCAUAAUGAGUACUUACUUACACUGCAGUCUAAUCCAACCCCAAUUUAUAUAGAUGUAGUCAUUUUAUAUACAUUUGAAAGGAGACGUGUUUAAUUUAUUUUAAGGAAAUGUUUAUUUUUCAAAGUCAGGCAUUUUACAUGUAUUUUGAUUAAAAUUAUGUAAGUUCAAUAAGGUUCUGUAGUUGCAAUGUAAUGUAUCAUAUAUGAAGGACAUUGCCAACCAGGAUAAUCAUAUUUCGUUUAUGCAAGUACUUAUACACAAUUGGUUGUUUGACAAUCUUCUAUGAUGUACCCCAUUAAAAGUGAGAAAGGUAAUUUCAAGAUUGAUUUGGCAACGGUUUGAUUAAAGGACAAGCAAAUGUA